GGUAAUGUGUUAGCACUUUUACAUGGUAUUAUUGUGAAUAUUGUGAUACAAAUUUUGUUAUUCAAGUGCUACGUUUGCUAUAAAGUAUAAGCAGAAAUCUGAGAAAAAUAAUUUACUAAAGAAAUAUAACCAAGAAACAAUGGCUAAAGGGAAAAAGAAGGGAGGCAAAGGGAAAGAUGAAGAGCCAGAGGUGCCCUCUAUGAGUUCGUUGUCUCUUAGUGAUGCACCUUCUACAUCACAGUCUGAGGCUCCGGUGGAAGAAGAGGUUUCUGGUUUGACAUCUGCUGCUGCCAGGAGAAAGGCUAAGAAGGCUGCAAAAGCAGCACCUCUAGAGGGUUCAAAGCCUCGCUCUGCACCUGUGACAUCCACUAUACCUGAAGUAGAGCCUGAUGUGCCUGCACCAGCACCAGAACCAGUCAAACCUGCUCAGGAAGAAAAAGCUAAGAGUGAAGAGAAGGAAGAGGAAGGAGGGCUAGGUUUGGGAAUGGAAGGAAAGAGCAAGAAAAGACCUAGAAAAAAGAAGCCUUCACUAGCCUCACAAGAGGCAGCCACACCAGCGGAACAAGUUGUUGCUGCUACACCUGUUCCAGCAGGGCAGGCUGCCGCUGCAGCAGCUGCCUUGCCAACGCAAGCAGCCGCACUUGGCCCUGCACCAGUGGGGCAGGCUCCUGCGGUUGGGGUUGUAACACAAGGGCAAACUGCUUUAGGUGUACCACCAGGGCAAGCUGCUGGUGCACCAAGUCAACCAUGGCCACCGGCCCAACAACAGGCUAAAGCACCGUGGGUUGCUGGGCGUGGUCAGGGUCGCGGGAUGCCUUCUGGGCCACCGGGAGGAGCUCCGCAAGCUGGACCGCCGGCCGGCUGGCCUGGCGCGCCGGGUGCCCCACCGGGCUACACUCGCCAGCCGGGUCCUCCAGGACCACAGCCCGGCCUACCGGGAUAUAUGCAACAACCCGGCCCACCAGGAUUUACUCAGCCUACGCCACCAGGUUUUGGCCAGGCUAGACCGCCACCACAACAGCAAGUGCCGCCUCAGAAACCGCAGGCAGUGCGUCAGACCACGCCCCCUGGCCCGCAAGGAGAUAGACCCGCUUCCUCUAAAACUGUGUGCCGAUACACAAUACCUUUGAGGAUUGAAGGAGAACCUGUAGCCUGCAGGCGUGUUAAGGUCUUAACUAAUUACUUGGAAAUGAAAAUUGCGCCACUUAAAAUACAUCGUUACGACGUUACGUAUAAACCGGACAAGCCCAAGAAAAUGAUUUCACCCGUGUUUAUAAAGAUCAAGCAAAAACAUUUCCCCAGGGAACUGAUUGCAUUUGAUCAGAUGAAGAAUUGUUACUGCCUGAAGCCCUUGCCGAAUGUAUCCGACAAUGACCGUUAUAGCGUAACGGACGAGUAUGUUGAUGGCAACGGGAAGAAGAUGGCAGUAGAAGUUUCUUUUAAAUUCACUGGAAUAGUUGACCUCAGUACUAUAAUUACGUACAUGAAGUCCGGAGGCACCUCAUUAAACCCGCCUACUGAAGCCAUUCAAUGCAUCGACGUAAUUUUACGUCAGGGCACAUUAGAGUCUUACAUAAAGGCUGGUCGGCAGUUCUUCAGAAGGCCGGCGAAGCCGAUCGACCUCGGAGACGGUUUGGAGAUGUGGACAGGCUUGUUCCAGUCUGCGAUCUUCACAACGCGCCCAUUCGUCAAUGUCGAUGUUGCUCACAAAGGAUUCCCCCGAGCGCAGCCCCUCGUGCAAGCCCUCGUCAACGACUUCCGGCUGAGCACCAACGAAAAAGUGGAAACCCAGCGAAACAGGGGCGUGGAAUCCUUCCUGGCCUUUAUCAAAGGACUCAAGGUGGUCGCAUUCAUCGGAGGGGACACGUCAGCCAGCGGGCAGAAACGCGAGUUCAUCGCCAACGGCCUUUCGGAUUCGCCCAACAAGCUGAGCUUCCCCAUGGAUAUCGGGGGAGGCAAGACUAAGAUGGUCACCGUGGCCGAUUACUUCGCCAAGGAGAAGGGAUACAGGUUGCGUUAUCCCAAUUUGAACUGCGUGUCCGUUGGCCCAAAGGAUAAAAAUAUAAACUACCCCAUGGAGCUCCUGGAGGUAGCAUAUGGACAGGCCCGCAACAGACAGCUGAACGAGAUCCAGCUGUCGACGAUGGUGCGGCAGGCCGCUACGCCCCCCGAUGAGCGCAAGCGCAAGAUCGAGGAGGUCAUCAAGGAUAUGGACUAUUCGCGCAACAAGGAUUUCAAACAGUUUGGUUUGGAGAUCUCCGAUAAGUUUUUCCCCGUGGAAGCGAAAGUUUUGUUUCCGCCUAAGCUGGAGACCGGCAGUGGUUGCAUCGAGCCCAGGAAUGGCGCGUGGCAAGCUAACCGACUGUUGAAACCCGAGGCUCUCCAAAACUGGGGCUUCAUAAUGAUCGAGCCUGACCAAAGGACCCCGAUAGACCCCGCCAAUAUCAUCUCUUUGAUGAUGAGCUGCGGGCGCCAAAUGGGCAUGGCCGUGUCGGAGCCGUCCGUGAAACACUUCAACAUUCGCAUGAACGAGCUGCGCACUGUGCUGUUAAAGUGCCUGGAGACGCACGUCAAGUUCCUGUUCAUCAUUGUGCCGACCAGAGGACGCGAUUACUACCAUAGGGUGAAGCAGAUGGCAGAGCUGGACGUAGGAAUAUUAACGCAGUGCAUAAAGGAACAGACUGUCAAAAGGAUGAACCCGCAGACUGCGCGCAACAUCCUGCUAAAGGUUAAUUCCAAGUUGAUGGGUAUAAAUCAAGCUCUGGACAACAGGAGCUUGCCAAACUGCCUCAAAGACGGCAAGGUGAUGGUAGUGGGCGCUGACGUCACACAUCCUUCUCCGGACCAGACAUCCGUGCCAAGUAUUGCUGCAGUAACAGCGUCCAUCGAUCCAAAGUGCUUCAUGUACAACAUAGCACUGAGUAUUCAAACUCCUAAGAAAGAAAUGAUCGUCGAGUUUGAGGAUAUGAUGGUGGACCAUCUGACUGUUUACAGACAACGCAACGGAUUUUUGCCGACGAAAAUAUAUGUAUUCCGUGACGGCGUGUCGGAGGGGCAAUUUGCUCAGGUGAUGAACAGCGAGCUGUUGGCCGUGCACAACGCGUACCAGCGCAUGGCCGGGCCCACCGCCAAGCCCGAGGUUUUGUUCCUGCUGGUGCAGAAGCGGCAUCACACCAGGUUCUUUUCGGGUGAUAAUAAUCCGAGAAACGUCGAGCCAGGAACUGUGGUGGAUAAACACAUUGUCCAUGCCACGGAACUAGAUUUUUAUUUGGUAUCGCACCAAGCCAUCAAGGGCACCGCGCGUCCCACGCGCUACCACGCCGUGUGCAACGACGGCAACCUGAAGGACCACGAGGUGGAGCAGCUCACAUACUACCUGUGCCACCUGUACUCGCGCUGCAUGCGCUCCGUGUCCUACCCCACGCCCACGUACUACGCGCACCUCGCCUGCCUGCGAGCCCGCUCGCUGACCUACAACGAGCGGUUCGACAACGCGAGCCUGGAGCGCAAGCCUCGCCGCCUGGCCGUGCUCGACAAGAUGCUGGCCUACAGUCGCAUGUUCUUUGUUUAGACCCCUCGGUCCAACUUGCCAACACUGCGACGCAUGCUACGCACCUAUCUAAAUCACGUUAGUACGUUAGUCACUAGACAACGUUUUGCAAUAAAUAGACAAAUAUGUAAAAAAGAAGACCUAACAGAAAUAUUAUUUUUAACCAUACAAUUCUUGGGAGAGUUUGGAGGAAAAUAUUUAAUUUCCUUGUUAAAUCUACUUUUUAAAAAACUUAUUCCAACUUUGUAUAAGAUAAAACCUUUUAUAAGUCGUUUUUAGCUGAAGCCGACAUUUUCAAAGGAGGCAUAAAUCUGUUUUUAAUAAGUAAUUUGGUCGUCAAGACAUUUGAAAAAGUAAAUGUUUUACAGCCAAAAUUUGUCUAUAGAAAUAACGUAUGCGGAAUGAAAUCUGGACAAAAUUCAAUGUCUUAUAAAAUUAAUAUAACAUAGUUUAUUUUUGAUAUCUUUCGUGAUUUUAAUUAUGUAUUGAAUAUCGAUAAAUAAAAGAGUUAGU